AUUCAUAUCCCCCUGUUCAAGAUUCAUUCAUCGAUCCAGAGAUGACAAAGCACCCAGGUACCCUAGAGUGGAUGCCCGUCGGGUUUUCCAACUCCCGCUCAGGGGUCUAGGCGGCAGAACCGGUAAAAACGGGUUGUCGGUGGAAUGCCCAGUCAUCUAAUUCGCGAAGCAGUCAAAUCAACAAGGGUGAAGUGGCACGACCACGCGGGCUAGGCAGCUUUCAGCAUCGCUUGUGCUGACAUGUUUGUCUGCUAGAACCUCACUAAGAUAACCGACUAACGUUCCUUGAUGUUGCCUGGAACAGCACUCUUUCAUCUUCCAAGUAAGAAAAGGACGCCACUGUGUUUAGAUUCAUCGUAAAUCAGCUUCGCGGCAUCCGACGUCAGAACAACCCAUCACGAUGGCCACUUCUCGCCCCACCAAAGUCCUUAGCGUCGGCCUUCCUCGCACGGGUUCCUAUUCCAUGAUGCUCGCCCUGACCGAGCUGGGCUUCAAGGCCGUCUACCACGGCCUCAACGCCAUCGACAGUCCCGACGACUGGCGCUUCUUCGGCCGUGCCUCAGACGCCCUAUUCCCUUCAUUACCUUCCUACACCGGCAAGGGCAUGACCGCCGCCGACUGGGACCACGUCUUUGGACCCUGUGAGGGCAUCACCGACAUCGCAGCCCCCUUCACACCGUCACUCAUCGAUGCCUACCCAGAAGCCAAAGUCGUUCUCGUCAUCCGAGAUUAUGAGAAGUGGCGGGUAUCAAUGAAGGAGGUGCUCUCUGGAAUCUUUGGGCCCCUGACCUGUUUCAUCCGAGACUACGUCGAGCCUAGGAUGGGCGCCGACAGUACGGGGAAUAUCCAGAAGAUGAUGCUGGGCUGGGUGGGAGCCAGCAACGUUGCAGAAUUGGAAUCGAAGCUCAGCGAGGUCUAUGAGUGCCACCAUGAGUAUAUUCUCAAGACGGUCCCCAAGGAGAGGCUGUUGGUAUACAAGCUUGGCGAGGGAUGGGCACCCUUGUGCGAGUUCCUUGAGAUGCCUGUACCGGAGAGGCCUUUCCCGCACGGAAACGAAGCUGCAGCACUCAGAAGCAAGAUCUUUGAUAAGCAAAAGCGAGUACUUCUGGAAGCCGGGGCGCGCUUCGCGCCGUGGCUUGUUGGCGCUGGGGCUGUUGCGGGAGGGCUUUGGUAUACCCUGUCCAUGUAGUUUAGCCGAGAGAGAGACGGUCUGUAU